GGCGCUGCCGGGCGGACGGGCCUCCUCACUGAAGGCUGCAGGAGUGGCGAAGCUGCUAGUUCUAAAGAUGCAGAGGGACUUGGGCAGCUUCCCGCUACCACCCGCUCUGAGAGCCAAACUUAUUGCCUGCGGUUUCCAGAGCGCUGAGGACGUUACCGCGGUGAGAGCCAGCGAGCUGAGCAAAGAGGUAGGCAUCUCUAAAGAGGAGGCCUUGGAAGUCCUACAGAUCGUGAGAUGCAGGAGCUCUGGUGAGGAAUCCCAGCAGAGUGAUGGGUUGCCAUCAUUUCGGAAAUGCACAGCCCUGGAACUGCUGGAAGAAGAGCAUGCUCAAGGCUCCAUAAUCACCUUCAGCUCGGCUCUGGAUGAAGUUCUAGGGGGAGGGGUGCCAGUUGCCAAGAUUAUGGAGAUUUGUGGUGCUCCUGGUGUUGGUAAAACACAGCUAAGUAUCCAACUAGUUGUGGACACACAGAUCCCUGAGUGCUUCGGUGGUCUUGGUGGGGAGUCUGUGUACAUCGACACCGAAGGCAGCUUUGUCGUGGAGCGGGUGGCCGAGGUUGCCCAAGCUGCUGUCCACCACUGUCACCUCAUUGCCGAGUCUGGUCAGGACGAAGCCCAGCGAGAGGCAGUGAAAGAGUUCACCGUCUCCAGCAUCCUCUCUCGCAUCUACUACUUCCGUUGCCGUGACUAUGUGGAGCUCCUGGCGCAGGCUCACCUGCUAGAUGACUUCCUAGCUGAACAUCGCAAGGUGCGGUUAGUGGUGAUUGACAGUAUUGCCUUCCCGUUCCGCCACGACCUGGAGGAUCUGUCGCUGCGGACGCGGCUGCUGAAUGGACUGGCUCAGCAGCUGAUCACCAGGGCCAAUGACCACAAGGUGGCAGUGGUGCUGACCAACCAGAUGACCACACGAUUUGGGGAAACCCAGUCUACGCUGGUACCUGCACUCGGUGAAAGCUGGGGUCAUGCAGCCACCGCUCGCUUAAUUCUACACUGGGAAGGCAAACUCAGGUUUGCUUCCCUCUAUAAAUCGCCAACUCAAAAGGAAGCGACAGUACCAUACCAGAUAACCUCACAAGGUUUUCGUGACGUCCAGCCGCCAGAGCCAUCUUCAAGUUCUUCUGCCAACCCACGUAAGCGCCCGCGGACAGAUGACCAGGAUGGGCGGUGAUGUGACUCAUUCCACGUUGAUCCAAGUGGCGUCGUGAGAAACAAGCCCGGCGACCCCGUGUAUAGUCAUGGAUCCAAGUGGGUGGUUGGAUUUGGAUCACUGUUGGGUCCGAAUUGGCAGCAGGUUCUGUGAAUCUGAAUGGACCGGAGAACUGUAAGUUUCCCCUUGUAAGGAGGAACUGGCUCUCCCUGCCCUUUGCCAGGUUUGCUCUCUUGCCCACUGAACCUGAGGAUCGCUGGACAAUGGUCCGUGAUGGAAGCUGGAUCUCCCUGGUUUCACACGUUCAAGGAGUUAGAACAACCUCAGUCCCUUCCUCCAGGAGUCCACAUCUUUUGCCAGUUUUAUGUUCCUGUAUCAGCACAACCUUUAACGUUUGUUAAAACCCUCAAGGUGAUAAUUAUUAUUUUAUCUCUUGUUCUGAUGUGUUGCAAGUAAAUACAUUUUGUGGUCACC